AUGGAGAGCACAACACUGAAGCGAAAGCGAGAAGAUUGGGACUUGACACCUGAAGAGGUCCGUGAAGAUCAAACUCAAGAGGCUCCAGUGCCUCAGCUGAGCUUACUCUGCGAUGACUCUGCGAUGGAAUCACUGGAUUCCUCCAGUGUUCUCACUCUUCCCCGCGGUUGCGGGGUCGAUCCAGAAGACCGUGAUGAGGACCUGGAUCAUUUGGCGUCGGCUGACGUUGUUCCACGAUCGGAUGCUGAUCACCUACGCCAACUUGACAGCCUGGGCAUUAGCGCAGCCCAAGACGAGCCUUUGAAUGCUGACGAGCAAACUGUGGACUUGACGUUCAAGAGUGACGGCAGGUUGCCCCAGGGGCCGUAUUGGUUCCGAAAAAGCCUUACAAACACUGGACUCCAGACUUUGUUGCGAAGUGAAAGGCUCACAGGGGCAGCGUUCGUGCAUUGGAUGCACAGCUUGAUUCGUGCUUGCAACUGCCAUGUGCAAGUCUCGCAGGACCUGUGCGUUGCAGAUGUGUGGGCCACCAACUUUGGAGUUGCGGCAAAUGCCGAGCGCAUUCUUGACCUUCCCGCACCAGAGUUGGAAGAAGCUAUACGAUUGGACACAUGGGAUGCAAUUCCAGACGGCUGCGAGGAAGACGAGGACCCACAUUGCAUUGAGGUGAGCUGGGUCUCACAUCCGUCACAUCCAAGCUUCUCACACCAUACAGUCAGCCCUUCUUUUGUCAACAUUCCGUCAGCUCAGUCCUUCUCCCCAAGUCUCGAAGUGUGGACUUUCAAGCAUGCCCUUGACCCGGUGCAGUCCCGUGGCAUUGCGUGCGUCGAGCGCCGCGAAUCUGUUUUGCUUUCCGCGCCUACAUCUGCUGGUAAAACGGCAGUUGCAGUGUAUGCAGUGGCCAUGGCGUUGCAUGAGAAGAAGCGUGCGAUUUACACAACUCCCAUCAAGGCCUUGUCAAAUCAGAAGUUCCUGGAGCUUGGAAAAUUGUUUGGUGGACAGUAUGUUGGCAUAAUGACCGGUGACACGGUUAUCGCCAGUGAUGCUCCGAUUGUAGUAAUGACUUUGGAGAUUCUGCAUAGCAUGCUUUACAAGCAAGCGAGGGAUCCAAAUCUCAUGGAUGACUUUGCUUAUGUUAUUAUCGAUGAAGCCCACUUUCUUGGCAACGUUGAGAGGGGCUAUGCAUGGGAAGAAGUGCUGAUACUUUUGCCUCUUCAUGUCAGGCUUGUGCUGCUGUCAGCCGUUCGGCAAAGAGCCAUCAUCCUCCAGAGUCAGCCAAAGUGGCGUUGUCCAUAUGAGCUGCUUCCACGCUUCAUUGGUCGCAAGGGUCAAAAUCUCAAGCAACUAAUGGCUGGCCUGUCAGCAUCUGUCAGAGUCGCAGACGAAGGGAUCAUUGAGGUCAGAGCUUUGGAUUGUGAUGUUGAGAGAGAAGCGAAGCUGCGAGUGACACGCUGGCUGACAAACCAAGGGGCAUUGGCAAAGGCGCCAGACUCCUCUAGCGGCCCAUUGUCUUUACAAGUGGAGGAUUUGGAGCGACUUCUGUCAUUGCUAUGGUACAGGAAGCAGCUCCCAACCAUCGGUUUUUGCUUUGACAAACGGAUGUGUGAGCGAAUCGCAUUGCUCUUGGCAGGAGGAAAGCGGAUGGACUUUUCCAGCAAUGCUGCAAAGAGCAAGAUUCAUGCGCGGUUGCAAGCUGGCCUUGCCGGCCUGGAUGAACGGGACAAGCAGCUAGCACAAGUAAAGCACUGCUGUGAUUUGCUGGUACGUGGCAUCGGGGUGCACCAUGGCGGCAUGUCAGCAGCUCAGCUACCGCUUUUGCGGGAGAUAGUGGAGUUGCUUUUUGCAGACGGGCUUUUGCCUGUAAUCUUUGCAACCGAGACGUUUGCAAUUGGAUUGAAUAUGCCUGCAAAGUCUGUCAUUUUCACAGAUGUCGUGAAAUUUGACGGGCGGGCCCGGCGAAUGUUGAAUGUAAGUGAGUUUCGUCAGAUGUCUGGGCGAGCAGGCCGGCGCGGAUUGGAUCGAGCUGGCUAUGUGUAUAUUAUGCUGCAUAGCGACCAAAUCUUGCAGCAGCCUGCCACAACGGUGCUGACCAAGUUGUACACGGAAGAGCCAUCGGAGGUAGUGAAUUGCUAUCGAAUGCGGUGGGCCUCACUACUUCAUUUGAUUUCAGCUGGCCCUGCACAUGUCUACGCUAUGUUGUCUAGGAGCUUGCAGAGAUUCACAGAGCCCACUGUAGCAAUGUCGCGCCAGCAGGAAGCAAGGCGAAUGGUGAAGGUCCUUCAAGAGCUCGACUUUGUUGACAAGUCGGGUGUUACUUUGCCGAAAGGGCUACUGGCUUGCCACUUGUUCCUGGCAGAAGAUGCUUUGCUAGUCGCGGACAUCCUAAUUGCUCUUCGGGGCUUUGAAAACUACUCUGCCGCGCAAUCUUUUGCCAUUUGUGCUGCCUUUGUGGCUGAAGGGUCUUACAAUGACCGUUUGAAGAUUUCUGAUUCGGCUGUAUGUGAAGGACUUGCAAUUUGUCGCAAAGUGGCUGCGAAGCUGGCUGCGAAGCUUCAUUCUCACAAACUUCCCUGUUGCACAAAAUGCAAGCUCCUCAAUCCAAUCUCGGCCGAUGUGCUUGGCUGCGAUGGUACUGAAAUGAUUAAGACUCGUCUGAAUCCUAAGCUGUGUGAAACAGCGCUGCAGUGGGCUUCGGGGCGAGAUUUCACGUCGGCAGUGCUGAGCAGUGGUGUUGCUGUGGGUGGCGAAGGAUUUGUGAUAAGGGCACUGAGGCGAUUAGAUGAACUGAUGCGGGAGAUCACCUUUGUGCUCAGGCAUGAUCUAGCGUCGCCGGAGACAGCGCGAAGAAUUCAGCAAGCCCGGCUCCUGGUAAGAAGGGGUGUCCUUGCAGCCCCCUCCGCUUACUUGGGUGAGGCAGAGGAUAGAGUUGCUGAAGAAAUCGAAGAAGAGCCACCCUGGCCAAGUCAAACUUGGCCACCAGGUUAUCAAGGCACUGUGGAUGCAUUUGACAUCGGUUUUAGCCAGGCAUCUUGCAGUGCUAACUUUCAUCAACCUCCAGCUCCUGGGGGCCCAAAUGACAUUCUGGGAUUAGCAAAAGCGCUGAUCGAUGGAAGAGUGCAGCCGGCACAGGUAAAUCCAAUCAAAAUCCAUUGGUUUCGCCAUCGCUAUUAUUCCCUGGAUAAUCGGCGGCUUGCGGCUUUCCGGCUUUGGCGGCUUCUUGACAAGGAUGCCAAAGUGCCAGUUGUUGUCCUUAGCAGGAACCAGGCACUGAGAGAGCGAUGGCUCAGGAAGUUUACAACUGGCUUCACCGGAGGUCGGAAAAUUCGAAUAACCCAAACAGACCGAUUUGUCGGAUUGACUCGCGAACAAUCAACCUUUGGCAGCAGCCUCUGGUCUUAA